AUCCCUACGCCCCCAUGGUUUGUUUUCACUAUAUAGAUUUUUCAACGGGAAAAUGGGUCGUCCGUACAUGUAAACGGCGAUGGGUCUCUCUAACUCCACUAUCGUCUUCCUCCUUCUUCUCCUCUUCUCAGUCGCACUAUCAGCUUCAACCGCACAUAGUAAUAAAGAGAAUAUUCUUCAAGCGAGUUUUCACGCUAAGAAGCUCAUAGCGGAUCUCAAUUUGUUCCCGGAGGACGACAUCAACAUCGUUCCCGCUUCCGCCGCCGUUAAUGCCUCAGUCGGACCCCGUCAGAUCAUCGAGAAGCGCCUCAGGUUCCCGAAUCUAUCCCCUUCUGAUUCUGGUGUUUCCGUUCAAGACUUGGGUCACUAUGCUGGCUAUUAUUCCAUUGAACAUUCCCAUGCUGCAAGGAUGUUCUACUUUUUCUUUGAAUCACGCAACAACAGCAAAGAGGAUCCUUUUGUAAUUUGGUUGACUGGGGGACCUGGAUGUUCUAGUGAAAUAGCUUUGUUUUAUGAAAAUGGCCCUUUCAAAAUUACAGACAACUUGACUCUUGUGUGGAAUGAUUAUGGUUGGGACAAGGCUGCAAAUCUUUUGUAUGUGGACCAACCAACUGGAACCGGCUUUAGUUACAGUACUGAUUCACGUGACAUUCGCCAUGAUGAAAAGGGAGUUAGCAAUGAUCUAUAUGACUUUAUACAGGCCUUUUUUGAAGAGCAUCCGCAAUAUGCAAAGAAUGACUUUUUUAUUACCGGUGAAUCAUAUGCUGGGCACUAUAUUCCUGCAUUUGCAGCUCGUGUCCACAAGGGAAACCAAGCUAAUGAAGGAAUUCAUAUAAACCUGAAGGGAUUUGCCAUUGGUAACGGUCUUACUGAUCCUGCAAUUCAGUACAAAGCUUAUCCGGAUUAUGCACUGGACAUGGGCAUAAUUUCAAAGGCUACACAUAAGCGCCUUAACUUACUCUUGGUCCCAGCCUGUGAAUUGGCAAUAAAGCUAUGUGGCACUGACGGAACAGUUGCCUGUACUGCUGCAUAUGUAGUUUGUAAUACCAUAUUCAGUGACAUCAUGUUACAUGCUGGUGAUGCAAAUUACUAUGAUAUCAGAAAGAAGUGUGAGGGCAGCCUCUGCUAUGACUUUUCAAACAUGGACAAAUUCCUGAACCUACCAUCUGUUCGGGAUUCACUUGGGGUUGGGAAAAUUCAUUUUGUUUCUUGUAGCACUGAAGUUUAUAUGGCUUUGCUGGUGGAUUGGAUGAGGAAUCUUGAAGUUGGUAUUCCUGCCCUACUUGAGGAUGGAAUCAAAUUGCUUGUUUAUGCUGGCGAAUAUGAUCUCAUCUGCAACUGGCUCGGUAAUUCAAGAUGGGUUCAUGCCAUGGAAUGGUCUGGUCAGAGCCAGUUUGUAGCCUCACCUGAAAUUCCUUUUAUUGUUGAUGGAUCAGAAGCUGGACUACUCAAGAGCCAUGGACCAUUAAGCUUCCUGAAGGUUCAUGACGCGGGUCACAUGGUUCCGAUGGAUCAGCCAAAAGCUUCAUUAGAGAUGUUGAAGAAGUGGACUCAGGGCACCCUUUCUGAAUUCAGAGCACCUGAUGAAAAAUUGGUUUCUGAUAUGUGAAGUCUUGUUGCUUAGUUAGUGAAAGGGAACAAAAAUGCAAGAAUUGCUUAGAGAUUAAUGUACCGAAAACUGAAAACAUAUCGUUCCAGCACAAAGCUCUAUGGACGUUGUGCUUGUAUAUUUGCUGGUUUGUAUGCUUACGUUAUAUGUUUUUUUAGGUUCAACGUAAAUCUUGCUAAUAGUUUAAGGAAUUAACUUCCACGAGUUGGUAAUGUAAAAAUUUUACAAUCUGAUA